UAAAUAGAGAGAAGGCGGCGCGGCGUCGGCCCCGCCACCUCCGGGCGACCCGCGAGGAGCCCGCGAGGAGCCCCCGAGGGAGAUGGAGGAAGAUGAGCAGGAGCAGCGGCGCCGAAAGGUGGAGGCCGGGAGAGCGAAGCUUGCUCACUUCCGACAGAGAAAAACAAAAGGUGACUGUGCGCAUUCGAAGAAAAAGACGGCGAAGAGGAAGGACUCGACUGUCGAUGCGCCUGUCCAGGAGGCGAGUCCAGUAGCCACCAAGGAUGGCGGACUUCUUGGAGGAGGGGACGUUUGCAAAAACACAUCUAGCGACACCCCUGAUGGUGCAAGAGGAGCAUUUGUGGUACAGACUCUCUUCUUGGGAAAUGAAUCCUUAAGUCCAGCCCACACUCAAGGGGAGGAACAUGAACAAGAACGUGAACUUGUAACUGCUGAGCUGGUGAGCAGACAUAACGAUGAAACUGGCUGGCUGCUGCAGACUCAGACAGUGCAUAGCCUUGAGCUGGAAGCGCUGCGCCUGAGUCUGAGCAACAUGCACACUGCACAGUUGGAGCUGACGCAGGCCAACCUCCAGAAGGAGAAGGAGACGGCGCUGACGGAGCUGCGGGAGAUGCUGAACAGCCGGCGCGCCCAGGAGCUGGCCCUUCUGCAGAGCAGGCAGCAGUAUGAGCUGGAGCUCAUCAGAGAGCAGCACGCACAUGAGAAGGAAGAGAUGGUGCUCAGGUGUGGACAGGAAACAGCUAAGCUAAAGGAGAAGUUACAAUCGGAAAUGGAGAAAAAUGCCCAGAUAGUGGAGAACUUGAAGCAAGACUGGGAAUCCGAAAGAGAUUUAUGUUUAGAAAAUCUACGCAAAGAAUUAUCUGCAAAGCACCAGUCAGAAAUGGAGAAUUUACAAAACCAGUUUCAGAAAGAAUCGGCAGAACAGAAAGCUGAGUUGGAGAAGAUUUUUCAAGCCAAAAAUGAGGCUGAACUCACCCUGAAGAAUCUGGAGACUCGACAUGAAGCAGCCAUUAAAAAGUUACGUGAAGAUCUGCAGGCUGAGCAUUGCCAGUAUUUAGAAGACUUGGAGUUGAAAUUCAGAGAGAAGGAGAAAAAAAAACAGUUAGAGCUAGAGAAUCUUCAGGCGUCAUACGAAGACCUGAAGGCUCAGUCACAGGAAGAGAUCAGGCACCUCUGGUCCCAGCUUGAUUCUACGAGGACCAACAGACAGGAACUGAAUGAGCUACAGAAGCAGCUUCUGCCUCAAGCAUCUCACGUGGAAGAGUUGGAACACGUAAAGCAAGACUUUGUGCAGCAGUCGCAGCGAGAGAGAACUGAGCAUGAGUCUGAACUGGAGCAACUGAGGAUUUAUUUUGAAAAGAAAAGGGAUGCUGAAAAAACUUACCAAGAAGACCUGACUCUGUUACAGCAACGGCUGCAGGAGGUGAAGGAGGAUUCUCUUCUGAAAUCUGAGAAAAUCAGUUCAUCUUGUACGUUUUCAGAAGAGACAUCUGAAAAAGAAGUAAAACACCACCUUGAUCAACUUGACCUUCGGCUUGAGCAACCUAAGAAGAGCCUGACGUGUUCACAGAUGGAGUUAGCGGAAAACCACAGGCACAAGUUAGAAGUGUUGACGUCUUCCCUCCAUGUACAGCAUGAGGAGCAUGCCUCGGACAGCCGCCCCUCAGGGACUAUGGUGUGGGACCAGGAGCCAAAGUGGGAGCUGGAGUGGCUUUGGGCCGCUCUCUCAGAGAAGCACAGCCAAGAGCUUGCUCAGGUUCGUCUCCAGUGUGCGAAGGACGCGGCUUUGGAGAUCGACAAGGAGGUGGCGGCCAGAAUCUUGGGUUUGGAAACCGAGCACAAGGUUAAACUUUCACUUUUCCAGACUGAGCUCAAGGAGGAAAUUGAACUCUUGAGAAUAGAAAACAGAAGUUUACAUGAGAAGUUGCAUCAUGAAAUUCGUCUAAAAGAGGACUUGGAGAAAGUAAAACAUAAUUUGGUUAAAGACCACCAGGAAGAACUAAAUAAAGCUGAGGAGAAGAUUCAGCUAAUGAAACGAGAACUUAAAGAAAAAGAAGCAGAAUGGAAAGUUGCAAGCGAGGACCUAGAGAGAGAAUCUGAAGAGAAGUUAACUCUGAUGCUCCUUGAACUGAGAGAAAAGGCUGAAUCUGAAAAACAGUCGAUAAUAAACAAGUUUGAGCUUCGAGAAACUGAAAUGAGGCUUCUUGAGGACCAGCAGGCAGCCCAGAUCCUGGACCUGGAGCGGUCCCUGAUGGAGCAACAGGGCCGCCUAUGGCAGCUGGAACACGGGCUUGCUGGGGAUGAGGUUCUGCCAUUCAGCCCGGGUGACCAGGAGCCCCCUGAGGCCCAGGAUGGGGAGCACGGCACGCUGCGCGUGAAGGAGGACUGCGCCCUCCAGCUGAUGCUGGCCCGCAACAGGUUUUUAGAAGAACGUAAAGAGAUCACAAAGAGAUUCAACGUGGAGCAAGAUGCUUUCCUGCGGGAGGCCCAGGAGAAGCAUGCCCGAGAGCUCCAGCUCCUGCAGGAGAGGCACCAGAAGCAGCUUCUGUCUCUGACGACGGAGCUCGAGACCAGACACCAGACUGAGCUUAGCAAGCUGGCGGCUUCCCUGGAGCGCGAAAGCUGGGCCUUCCUGGAAGCCCGCGUGGCCGAACUGCAGGCAAAACACACUGCUGAUGUCAGUGCUCUGGAGUCUAGACAUUUGUCAAACCUGGAUUCUCUGGAAUCCUGUUACCUGUCUGAGGUUCAGACUGUGCGGGAUGAGCACAGGCGGGCGCUUGAGCUGCUGCGUGCAGACUUCCAGGAGCAGCUGCAGGAGAAGGAUCGGUCUCAUCAAACCACACUGGCUCAGGAGUUGGAGAGACUUCAGCUGAAACAUGAUGAAGAGCUUCAGUCCACAAAGGAGAGCCUGAGAACUGAAAUGAGUGCUAGACAUGUUGAAAGUCUGAAAGCCCUGGCCAUCGAGUUGCAGGGUGCUCACCAGGAGGAGCUGGCUGCAGCUCUACGUGAUCAGCGGCGCCUGUUGGAGGAGGAGAGGAUCGUGGCCCCGGACAGAGUAGAUGCUGAUGUCCUGCUCUUGGAGCACCAGCAUCAAGCAGCCUUGCAGGUGCUUGGAGAUGCACACACAGCUGAGAUGCAAAAGCAGCAGGCAGAGCAUGCCCAGCUCCGGGAGCUGCAGGCACCGCUGGAGGAGGCUGCACAGCUGAAAGAGCAAGUUCUGUCUCUAAGUCAUGAGAUAGAAGCUUGCCGUUGUGAGCUGGAGACACUGCAGCAAAGGCGUGAGAGGGAAAACCAGGAAGGUGCAAACCUUGUCUCCAUGCUGAAGGCUGAUGCCGACCUGUGCAGCAGUGAAAGGAGAGCUCUGCGGGAUGCCCUGAGGAGGUUGUUGGGUUUGUUUGGAGAGACCUUGAAGGCAGCUGUCACCCUGAAGAGCCGGAUCAAUGAGCGCAUGGGUCUUUGCCUGGAUGAUGUAGGCACUGCAGGUGCAGGCCAGGCUCUGCUGGCAGCUUCAGCACUUGACGAGACGUGGUCUGAUGGGACCCUGCUGGACGUGGACAGAACUUUGCCUGAGUGUGUGGAGACGUCGUCAGUGACUGAAAUCAGCAGUCAUCUGUGUGAAAGCUUUUUUAUGAGCCCAGAAAGUACACUGGAAUGCGAGCAGCCAAUUAGGAGGGUCUACCAGAGCCUUGGCAUUGCGGUGGAUGGCCUCCUGGAGGUGGCCCUGGACUCCACCAGGCAGCUGGAGGAAGCACGUCAACUUCAUUCUCAUUUUGAAAAAGAGUUUAUUUGUAAAAACAAGGAGACGGCACAGGUUGUUAAGAAGCACCAGGAGUUAUUGGAAUGCUUGAAGGAGGAGAGCGCAGUGAAGGCAAAGCUGGCACUGGAGCUGCACAAGGCGGAGGGUGUGGUUGAAGGGUUCAAGGUGGAGAAAGUGGAUCUGCAGGAGGCGCUGGGUCGGAAGGAGGAGUCUGAGCAGCAGCUCAUCUUGGAGCUGGAUCACCUGAGGCAGCAGCUCCAGCAGGCGGCCCUGGAGCAGGCAGCAAUGAAGGAGGAAUAUUCCGCCCUUUGGAGCCAAAAAGAAGCCUCUGCUGUGGAAGCGAAAGAGAGAGAAGCCGCCUGCCUGGUUGUGGGGAGUGUCCAGUCCCUGGAUCCACGCCUCGGGACCUCAGCUCUAAGGAAGGAAGUGGACUCUCUAAUUGAGGAGCAGUCAGAGGCCCGGAAGCAGUCUGAGAAGGACCGCUCAGCUCUGCUCUCUCAGAUGAAGGUUCUGGAGUCUGAGUUGGAGGAACAGCUCUCUCAGCAUCAGGGGUGUGCCGCACGUGCCAAGGAAAUCUCCACCCUCAGACAGCAGAUGGCCUCUCUCGACAAGCAUUUGCGCAGCCAGCGGCAGUUCAUGGAUGAACAGGCUGCUGAGCGGGAGCAUGAACGUGAGGAGUUCCAGCAGGAAAUUCGGAGGCUGGAGGGGCAGCUCCGCCAGGCGGCCAAGCCACAGCCCUGGGGCCCCUGCGACAGCCAGUGCUCACAGCUGGAUGCAGAGGUUGAAUCGUUACAAGAAAAGUUGAGAGAAAAGUCAGAUGGAUUUAAUGAAUUGGUUAUAAAGAAAGAGUUGGCAGAUAGACAACUGUUAAUCCAAGAAGAAGAAAUUAAACAUCUCGAGGAGACAAAUGUCAACACCAGAAGAAAAGUGGUCCAGCUCCAGGAAGAAUUGGAAAAACAGAAAAAAAUUGUGAAAGAAUUACAAGAUAAAGAGGUAUUGAAGGAGCAGCAGAUGAGUGACUUGCUUCUGGCAUCCACGUUGACGUCUGAACCAGAUGAAGGCAAAUGCUCUGUUCCUCCUGAGGGUCCAGAAAUCCAAGCUGAGGUGGCUCAGAGGGCACUUCUGGGGUGCAAGGGCGAGGUUUUGGACUUAAAAGAACAGCUAGAAAAGAUUAAAGGUGACUUAGUGAGUAAAAAUGAAGAAAUACUACAUCUGAACUUAAAAUUAGAUGUGCAGAACAGCCAUGCUGCCGUCAGCAUCAGAGAACUUGAAGAAGAGAAUGCCAACUUGAAGGUUGAGUAUAGCAGAAGUUCUGAAAUUGAGGAGCUGAAAGCCAUUAUAGAAAAUUUGCAAGAGAACCAAGAGCGAUUACAAAAGGAUAAAGCAGAAGAAAUUGAACAGCUCCAUGAAGUCAUUGAGAAGCUGCAGAGAGAGCUGUCCAUCAUGGGGCCUGUGGUGCAUGAAGUCAGUGACAGCCAGGCUGAGAGUCUCCAGAGUGAGCUGCUCAGCUUGCAGGUGGAGAGCCCAGUCGGGCAGCUGCUGCAGGGCGAGCUUGACGCUGCACUCAUGGCCAAGGAGUCCCUGAGCCAGCUGCUGGCUGACCAAGCACAGGGACACAGCCAGGCAUUGGAGGCCGUGCAGCAGCGCCUGCGGCAAGCAGAGGUGGCUGCUGCGCGGCAGCUGGCUGAGCUGAGGCGCAGUGCGGCCCUCAGGGAGGCCGAGGUCAAGAAUAUGGCCUCCCAGAUCCAGGAGUUUGAAGUUGCCCUAAAAGCAAAGGAAGCCAUGAUUGCGGAGAGAGAUUUAGAAAUUAAUGCUAUGAACAAGCGGAACGUGGCCCAUUCUGCCGAGCUGGAGGCCAUCCUGUUGGCCUUGGCCCGUUUCCGCUGCGCUCUGGAACAGCGACCCCUGGCUGCACAAGAUGAGCCUCCUGAGCUGCAGCGGCUGCGCGCUCAGUGUGCCCGCCUGAGCCACCAGCUGCAGGUGCUGAACCAGCGUUUCCUGAGGUGCCAGACAGAGCUGGACAGACAGCAGACCCCGCGGGCUGCAGCCCACACACCGGCACCCAGGGCCUGCCUGCAGCCUCGUGUGGGGGGCAUCACUGAGGCGUGGGUCGCCAGGGUUGCAGAGGCCGUGUGCGAGGACGAAUCGGAGUGGGGUGUUGGUGGCAGGUGGCUGACCACAGUCCCCCAUGACCUGGACCAAGACACACAGGAUGAUUUUCAGCCUGCCAAAGUCCUGGUGACUUUAAAGGAUGCAGAUCUCCCGAAACAAGAAAGCGUGAUGUCAGUGCUCACCCUCUGCCAGCGGCAACUGGAGUCAGAGCUGCUCCUGAUGAGCGAUGAAGUCCGCUGGAGUGUGGGGGACAGCAGCAAGGUGUCGGGGAGAAGGAAGGGUAAGGAAAAACUACUGGAAGAUUGUCAGCUUCAGAAGGACGAUCUCAUAGCUCAGGUGAAACAACUUCAAGAAAAAUUGAACCAUCUGGUGUAUUCUGUGACCUUCCAGGAUGUUGACACUGAAGAUUUUAAAUUUCAACAGCCAUUGGCAUCAGCAUACAUGUUAGAAAAUAGUUCAAGUGUUAGUUCUCAUAGCAAUGAAGAACCUGACAAAUCGCUCUCUGUGGAAGCAUUUAAUACUGAUAAAACCACAUGGGAUCUAACUAAUAUUAUUAAAAAUCGGGAUUCUUUGAUAAUAAAUGAAAUGCCAAAUUUUCCCAUUCAAGAAAAAUUAGCAUUGCAGGAUGGGUCCCUUUCUUUACAAAAUAGCAUGUACAGCGGCUUCCAAGACCCAAGCCACACCAAGGAGGCUGAAACCCUGAAGAACCUGAGCAGGGCACUGGACCUGUCUUCCUGGAGCUCCCCAGAGGUCCUCAGGAAGGACUCAACCCUGGAACCUCCACCCAGCCUCCCCCUGACGCCCUGCUCAGGUACCCUGAGCCUGCGCAGCGCCAACACCUCCCUGCAGGACAGGAUGGACCCCUUGCUGCUGCCGGCUGGUGCACCCGAGCUGCUUUGUCACCUAGGCGAGUCAGCAGCAAUGCAGGUCCUGCAGCGCACAGUGUCUCCGUCAGCCAGCCACCACCAUGUGGAGAGGACAGCUGUGGAGAAAGAUGUGGAAGACUUCAUGGUAACAUCUUUUGACCCUCUGGAAGCGUCAGCAUCUCCUGGCCUAGCAGGAAAAAGCGAGGAAAGUGGAAAAAGUGAUGGCUUGGGUUUUGGAGCAAGACUGAGUCUGGGGACAGGAGGACUCGAGGCUCCUGCCGCCAGUGUUACAGCUCCUGCUUGCAUCUCCGGAAGGUUCCGAUGGUCACUAGAAGCAAUGAAGGGGAAAGAAGUCCAUCCAAAGCACGUGAAGGCCUUGCUGCAGAUGGUGUGUGACGAGAGCCGCCAGAUACUGGCCUUGUCGGAGAGCUGCAGCCUGCCUAGGACCCUGGGCAAGGGCGAGCCACACACCCCCCUGGACCACCUCUCGAGGGAGGGGCAGGGCCUGCUGGAGGCAGCACCACAAAAGGGAGAGAAGGAAGCUUCGGACGUGUGCUUUGAUUGGAGAGGAGAAUUUCUGCAGGUCUUCCAGGGGGUGUUUGAGAAAGAGUGGGAGAUGCUGCAGGUCCAGCUACAGCCCAGACUCUGCAACUCAGACCCUGGGGAUCACAGCGCCCUGUUCAAGAGGCUGGGGAAUGCCAUCCAGGAGCAGGGAAACCUGCAGGAAAAGUCCUUGGAGCACCUCCACCUGUCCGACAGGAACAGCUUGCUCUCUGAGAUCCAGGCUCUGCGUGCCCAGCUGCGCAUGACGCACCUGCAGAACCAGGAGAAGCUGCAGCAGCUGUGUGCGGCACUGACCAGCGCAGAGGCCCAUGGGAGCCACCAGGAGCACCAGCUGCGCAGGCAGGUUGAAUUAUUGGCGUAUAAAGUUGAGCAGGAAAAAUGUAUAGCAAGCGACCUGCAGAAAACCCUGAGUGAGGAGCAAGAGAAGGCGCUUUGUGUUCGGAAGCUCCUGGUGGUGGAGCAGAACGCAGUGAGAGACUUGAAGUCCGAGCUCUGUGAGUGCAAACAGGAGAACGAAAGACUGCUACAGUCCCUCAACGACGUGCAGAAGGAAGUCCUCCAGCUGAGAUCCAUGCUGGACAGCAAAGAGCACGAUCUGAAGGCCACCCUUCAGGAGCUGGAGAGCGAGCGUGUGAAGGAGCGUGCCCUCCAGAGCCAACUGGAGGAGAAGCAGCUGCAGCAUCUGCAGCGGGAGGGCCAGAGUGCCAAGUCCCUGGAGGAAUUAAGAAUAUCCUUGGAGAAGCAAUAUGCUCAGAGUAGUCGACUCUGUGUUGCAUUAAAACACGAGCAGAUGGCAAAGGACAAUCUUCAGAAGGAGCUGCAGAUCGAGUCUUCACGCUGUGAGGCGUUGCUGGCACAGGAACGGAGCCAGCUCUCCGAGCUCCAGAAGAGUCUGGAGGCCGAGAAGAGCCGCUCACUGGAACUGUCGGAGGCCUUGCAGCAUGAGCGGCUCCUGACGGAGCAGCUGAGCCAGAGGACCCAGGAGGCCUGUGCCCACCAGGAGACGCAGGUGCACCGUGCUUUGUUGCGGAAGCUGAAAGAAGAGAAGUCCCAUGUGGUGGAGCUGCAAGCAGUGCUUGAAAAGGUGCAACAGCAAGCCGUGCGUUCACAGCAGCAGCUUGAAGCCGAGGCUCAGAAGCGCUGUGAAGAACUCCGGAAAGAGAAGGAGCGGGAAUUACAAUUACAACGUCAGCGUGAUGAGCACAAGAUCAAGCAGCUUCAGCAGACGGUGAGAGAGCUGGAGUCAAAAGAGCAGGCGCUUUGCGGCAAUGGCCCCCACCUGGGCUCUCCCCACAGGGCCUGCAGCUUGGGCUUGGACUGUCUCCGGGAACAGCAGCAGGAACUGGAGAGGAUAAGGCAGCAGCUGCUGUGUGCUGCCAGGCUCCUAACCUGCUUUAUUAACCAGACUGUGGACAGGACAAUUAAUGAUUGGACAUCAUCCAAUGAGAAAGCAGUGACAUCUUUAUUGCGUACGUUAGAGGAACUGAAGUCUGAACUGAGCACGUCCACCUCCUCCCAGAAAAAAAUGGCAGCAGAACUACAAAUCCAGCUUGUGGAUGUCUUGCUGAAAGACAAUGAUUCUCUUACAAAAGCUGUCAGCACAGUUACCCGAGAGAAAGCAGAGCUGUGCAGGGCGUUGUCCAAGCUCGAAAAGACCUUGAAGCAUCAUCUGCAGAAGGGCUGCACCCUGAGCAGUUUGGACAGGUCUGCACGGAAGCAAGACCGGGCAGUUUUGCAGAGUUCAUCACAACACUCAGACCCAAGCCUGCCCACGCCAGCUGCGAACGAGGAAGCAAACACCUGCAAUGUCAAAAUGGAAAAAUUGUACCUGCAUUAUUUAAGAGCAGAGAGCUUUAGAAAAGCUCUGAUUUAUCAAAAGAAGUAUCUUUUACUGUUAAUUGGUGGAUUCCAGGAUUCUGAACAAGAAACACUCUCCAUGAUAGCCCAUUUGGGGGUGUUUCCUUCCAAGGCAGACAAGAAAAUCAGCACAUCUCGUCCUUUCACCAGGUUCCGCACAGCCGUCAGGGUGGUCAUCGCCACAUUAAGAUUACGCUUUUUGGUUAAGAAAUGGCAAGAAGUAGAUCGGAAAGGAACUCUAGCACAAGGCAGAGCCCCCCGCCCAGGACCCCGAGCACCACGGCAGCACCGGUCGCCACCUGAAACCAGAGAGUCCCCACCAACCCGGGAUGUGCCUUCAGGCCACGCCAGGGACCCCACCUGCCACUCCAGACCUGUAACAACAGCCUCCCUGAGGAGGAGGGGCAGAUCUACUCCAUCCCCAAAUUCAAGAUUAGAAAGAUCGCUGACUGCUUCUCAAGAUCCGGAAGAGUCUUUGACAGAAUAUAUUCACCAUUUAGAAAUGAUCCAGCAAAGACUGGGGGGGUACAACCAGAUUCCACUUCAAAGAAAUCCUGACACCAGAAGAUUAAACAAUGAAUAAAAUCCCUGUGGCUUUUGCUGUGACAAGUCCAUUUGAAGGAAAGAUUUAUUUCUUCCUUUUCCUAAGGAAAGCUCAUGGUGUGGCAUGGGCAUUCCUCAUUGCCCAUGAGUCCUGCUAAUUAAGUGUUCUCACCUUUACAAACAAAGCCAAAUGGGGUGUCUUCCACGUAGUCUCUCAGUGUCUCAGUUCCUCACCCUCAUGAGGCCACAAGCACUUGGGUUGCGGGCAAUGGGCGUAUCUUCUGUGCCUGUUGGUGGAGCCACUUGUGUGCCUCCAAAAAGGGUAAGCAGAGAAUGGCUUCCUGUUGUUUAUUUUCUUAAUGUGUACAGAUGGAAACUUUGUUUAAAAAUGAAAAUACACAAAAAGAAGGAAUAAAA